AUGAAUGCUUGUUUCCAGCUCCGGAAUGAAGGUAUCACAAGGCUUUAUCGAGGUUUAUUACCACCGUUAAUAAUGCGAACAACAACUCGCUCACUUAUGUUUGGUACGUUUGAUAAACUACAAAAUGCUUUCGGAUGUUAUCAGACGUCACCAUAUGGAGCAUUCUCACUUUGCCAUGCGGCUGCGGGAUUCCUUGCUGGAUCUAUCGAAGCAACGUUGUGUCCAUUGGAAAGGAUUCAAGUUUUGUUGCAAACGACUCGUUAUCUUGAACGUUAUCGUAACACUGCACAUGCACUCGUUGAAGUUGCUAAGUUAGGUCCUCGAGAGCUGUAUCGCGGUCUUUCAGUAGUUUUAAUCAGGAAUGGAUUUAGCAAUUCACUUUUCUUCACACUCAGGGGUCCGUUACGAACUCAGAUUUUCGAACUGCAUGAGAACUCAAAUAUUAAAUCAAUUAAAAGGUUAUCCAUUUUGCUUUCUUUGCAUCCAUUGAUAGUUACGUCGGUAUCGAUGAGUACCGGCUUUUUUGUGAAAGAUUCAAUGACAACGAAAUUGUAA